CCAGGUGAAACGGGUAUUUGCAGGUACUAGGGUCAGGCCCAGGGUAGCCUGCGUGUCACCAUGGCGCCUUUUCUAUGUACAUAUUACUGAGCUGUUGUUGUUUUCAAUGCAGUUGUGUAUCGCUGACAACACUCAGUGGACUGGACAAUGGCUGACAGGGAAGAUAUGGUGUAUCGGGCCAAGCUGUGGGAACAAGCAGAGCGGUGGCAAGCCAUGGUGUCGUGUAUGAAGCAGGUGGGGGAGAUGGGCCGGGAGCUAACUGUAGAGGAGAGGAACCUGCUGUCCGUGGCCUACAAGAACAUGGUGGGCUCCCGGAGGUCCGCAUGGCGGAUCGUCACGUCCGCCGAGCAGAAGGCGGCCGACGGCUCGGAAACCCGCCAGGCGGCGAAGUGGUUACGGGAGAAGGUGGAGACCGAGAUGAAGGAGAUGUGCGGCGAAGUCUUGGAGCUGCUGGACAAGAACCUCAUCCCCAGAACCAGCGAAUCGAAUACGGAGAGCCUAGUCUUCUACCAGAAGAUGAAGGGGGACUACUUACGGUACCAGGCGGAAAUCAGCGAGGGCGACGAGAGAGAUGACAUGGUGACGAAGACCAAGAAGUCCUACAAGAAGGCUCAGGAGAAAGCUGCCGAGCUGCAACCAACAAACCCCAUUCGACUGGGAGUGGCGCUUAACUUCUCAGUGUUCCACUACGAGGUCAGGAAUGACCCUACAGAAGCGAGCCGGCUGGCGCAGAAGGCGUUCGACGACGCGUUAGCGGAGCUGGACACCUUACAAGAGGACUCGUACAAAGACAGCACCCUCAUCAUGCAGCUACUCCAAGAAAACGCCACACGUUGGGCCAGCGAGAAUUAAGAUCAAGGAGAGGACUCCCCCCAUAUCAAGCGCAUUCCACACAAUCGGGUCAGCUCGUCUUGAGUCAACGUCAGCUUGUUUUGCCUUUUAUACCUACUGCAUUUCUUCUGUUUGGAUUAAGAACGUCCUUUCUUUUUGAACUCAUAAUUAUAAGUAGUAAUGAACCAUUGUUCGUUUAGUCUUUUAGCAUCUUUUUCUAAGUCAAUACAUUUCGAGCGCUGUAUGCUUCUUCAUCGGUCUAUCUUUCUUACACUCCUUGUUUGUACCAGAUGGGUACUGUGGUACUCCUUUUACUUCCUUACAUUUCCACAACAAACCCACUUGUUGAUGUCGAUAAAGAUUAGACAUUCAGGUAAUAAGCUUAGAAACAAGAUAUACCAAAUGGCAGCUACUUAAGCAAUUGGAUACAAUUUUGGAAAAUCAUAUUCAGUUGCUUGAGAAACUGCUAUUUGGCACAACCCCACUUUCAUUGUCAUUGUGAUUGGUAAAGUACAUGCAUCAAUAUUAUCAUUGACCAUUACUUGGCAUUCACUUUAGUGGGAAUGAGGCAUCAGUAUCUAUGCGAAAUUACUUAUAUCAGAAGCGGUCACAGGUCAGUUUUGGGGUGCGAUAUCAGAUGAAAGUAUAUAUCAACAGUACAAAAUACAUUCAAGUGGUGCAAAAAUAACCCAUUUUGCUCUCGGAAAUAAAGCUAAGAUGCAGUCAAGGAAGAUAUGGAAACAGCAGAACAAUAAGGGUUUGUCAAAGGGUAAAACAAUUUACCCCCAAAAUUUAUAUGUAUUGGCAAUAUGGUUGAGUUAUGGGUAUCCUGUGUUUAAACAAUAUUUUGCAGUCAAGGGCCGCUAGGUGCUCUAUUUUAUGGCUCGGUCGUAUGUCGCUGUACGACAUUAAAUUAGUAAGCUUCUAAUCAGGCUAACAGUUAAACAACCAUCCUAAGAAGGCCCCCAGUUUGCGAUCGAUUGUGACAGCCCCUUUAGUCACACCAGUUUUCCUAGAUACUGGCUCUGUUUUGCCCAUGAUAAUAUCUAUAAUUGCUUAGUCUUGUGGUGUUAGUACUAGUGUUGAUUCAUCGGGAAUAUAUUUGGCUUGUGGGAAAAGUUGUUUUUUAACCCGGGAGAAAGUUCUAUUUACAGAUGUAACGUUGCCAUUUUAGUCAGACCAGUUUAAACAGGUAAUGGGUCUGUUUUGGCAAUAAUAUGUGUAUUUAUGAUUGGUUAGACUUUUGUAGUGUUAAUGUUAAAUUAUCGGGAAACUACUGUGUUUUGGUGGCCAGUACAGUAGGAAAAGUUGGUGUUUAGCUUUUAAUAAAGCGUUCUUUCCAGAUA